AUGCCUACGCGAUUGGCAAGCAAAGCCUCAAAGGCAGAUUCCAGCUCUACAACAAACAGCUCUACAGCGAAAGAGGGCAAAAAGAGCACUUUAAAAGCUACAACUAAAAAAGUCGCGAAACCCACGCCAAAGAAUAAAAGCCCGCUUCCCACUUACAAAGAAAUGAUAUUGGACGGUAUUGCAUCGUUGAGCGAGCGCAACGGAUCCAGUCGUCAAGCUCUCAAGAAACACAUUCUAAGCAAAUAUGCGGUCAGUGAGGACGGAUUUGAAAACCGAUUCAAUCUUGCAAUCAGACGUGGUAUCGAGUCAGGUGAGUUUUCACAGCCCAAAGGCCCUUCGGGCCCUCUUAAAGUGGUGAAAAAGGCCCCUCAGGUUAAACCUGAAUCUGCCACCGAAUCCAAAACUGCUGUUACAAAGGAAGAGCCCAGCAAGCGCAGAAGAGAGUCUACUAGCAAAAAAACGAAGGUCAAGACGGACGACGAAAAACCUCAGGCCAAAGAGAGAAGACGGAGCUCGGCUUCUGCCAAAUCGUCAGCUGCUGGCAAGACCGCCAAGAAACCUGUCACAAGCACAAAAAAAUCAGUAGCCAAGCCUGGCGCUAAACCUGCACCCAAGUCGUCUGCUAAACAUGUCGCCAAGCAUGUUGCCAAAACAGUCGCUAAACCUGUUAGGGCCACUACUAGGAAAAUAACUGCCUGA